AUGUUUGGACGACUGUUAAUGAAAAUGCUAUUGUUGUGCGUCAGCCUCAUGACAAGAUGUCAGUCGAUGGACAGUCUCGCUGAUUGCAGUAACGAUUGUUACAAAUUAGCCGGCAGAAGCGAGCAGUCGUUGUGCUUACACAACUGCCAACAGGGCAACGAGAGGUUGAACGACGACCCAGACAGCUAUGAAUACAACUUCAACAGCGCAGACACCAGCGACGACUCAAAUAACAAUCUUCGCAACCACUUCUUGAGAGAUAAGCUGAAAUCCGCAUUCGUAAGAAUAGGCAGAUCAAUCCAAUCCACCCCACCAGUAACCAACAAAAACAGUCCUCACCUCCAAAUCGAGAAAUCACCUCCAAAACAAAAACGUUCAACAGACUGGCUGCAAGACGACGAAGAAGCAGCGACGAGUAGAUGGAACAAACGCCGUAGUGGGUUCGUGAGAAUUGGCCGAAACAGUGGCGCCAUUUACACGGAGAAUGACGAGGACGAUGAGGAAAUUAUCCCGGAGGAUGAACUUGUGAAGAGACGAAGUGGAUUCGUUAGAAUCGGCAAAAAAUCGACCGGUAAAAGAAGAAACGGGUUUGUUCGUAUCGGAUAA